UCUAGUCCAAAAGCGGGACAGACAAGACUUGAUGGAGGUGGGUUGUUGACAGGGAAGCCAUGGUCGGGGUUCGGACUGCGACAGCUGGCUGCUUAUGACCCCCAAAUCCGUCCUGACCCCUCACCGAGCUGGGUGCUGUCCGCCCAGGGUCACUGACAGCCACACAACAUGGAGGAGCAGAAGGAGAACAGGCCGCUGCAUGCAGGCCUCCCAGAGGUGGACGAUCUGUGCAGGAGGAUGGCAAAGCACAUGGAUCUCAAUGGAGGAGUAAAGCAGAAGAGUAGGUUGGAUGGUCAAGAGCCUACAUUGAUAACCUCUAUCACUUCUUGCGCUAGUAACUUCAGUGACCCUGUCUAUAAAGAAAUUGCUAUUUCAAAUGGUUAUGUUAACAGAAUGAGUAAGGAUGAGCUGAAAACAAAACUUGCAGAGUAUAAGCUUGACACUAGUGGUGUAAAAGAUGUGCUCAGAAAGCGCCUGAAGAAUUACUAUAAGAAACAGAAGCUGACACAUGUUGUGUUAAAGGAUUCAAGCAGUCAUGAUACUUAUUAUGACUACAUUUGCGUCAUAGACUUUGAGGCCACUUGUGAAGAAUGUAACAAGCCAGACUACAUCCAUGAGAUCAUUGAAUUCCCUAUUGUUUUGGUCAACACAAAGACUUUGGAAAUUGAAGACACGUUUCAGCGUUAUGUGAAGCCAGAAAUCAAGACUAAUCUUUCUGAAUUCUGCAUUACACUUACAGGAAUUACUCAGGACAUUGUAGACACUGCAGAUACGUUUCCUGAAGUUCUUCGUAGCGUUGUCGACUGGAUGCGAGAAAAGGAACUCGGAACAAAGUACAAAUAUGCAAUCCUCACUGACGGAUCUUGGGACAUGAGCAAGUUUCUGAAUAUGCAAUGUCAUAUUAGCCGCGUUAAAUACCCACGUUUUGCUAAGAAGUGGAUCAAUAUACGCAAGUGUUAUGGGAAUUUUUACAAGGUGCCAAGGACCCAAACCAAACUGACAACCAUGUUGGAAAAGUUGGGAAUGAAUUAUGAUGGCCGUCUGCACAGUGGUCUGGAUGAUUCUAAGAACAUAGCCCGGAUUGCCGUUCGAAUGCUUCGAGAUGGCUGUGAACUGCGUGUUAAUGAGCGGUUGCAUGGAGGGCUGCUCGUGAAUGUAUGUAGCUCCUUGCCAUUUGAAGGGGCUCCUGUUCCUCAAUAUCCGUGCUUUAAAAACUAGCCUUUUCCCUGCUGCUGUGUGUAUAUACUUCGUGUUUUUGUUUUUUUAGGAGCACCUUACAUGAUUUUACUAAAAUUUGUAAGUUCUCGCAAAAGAUUUGCUUUUUUGACAUGCUUUUAAAUAUGUGCACUUGUGAUUUAUUAACUAGGAAAUGCAAUGCUUAAAAUGGAUUGUGUUUUUUAAUGUCUUUAAUAAAUGAAUUUCAACGGACAAUAUCCUGGGGAAUUCGUUAUAUUUGGAAUAUAGCUUGACAAUAAAUAUUGUUUGUAUUAAUUUAAA